AUGCCUCCCACCGUCAAGCGCUUCGCAGCCUCCGCCGACCCCCAUCUGAUUCAUCAAUACAUCAAAGCCGACGGCGUGGCCAUCAUCGAAGGAGCCACGACCCGCGAGAGCCUAGACGAGGUUCGCGAGCAGCUCGGGACCAUACCAGCAGGCGAGACAUUCGGGGUGGUGGCCAAAAGCGCAACCUUCGCGACGCAGCUGCUCGUGCACCCGCUAUUCAUGGACCUCGCCAACCGCGUCCUCACCGAUACAUGCAUCAUCUACUACGAGCAGGAUCGAACGGUGUCGAUCUCCGAGCCGCAGGUCUCCAUGACGUCUGUCCUCUCUGCGGAGCCGGGCUCGGCUCCCUGGGGUCUCCGUCGUCAGGACGAAUGUCACCACAUUACUCACCCUGCGCAGCGGGAGAGCGACUUUGGAGUCAUGUACGCGAUGGACGAUAUCACGGUUGAAAACGGCGCGGUUCGAGUCGUGGUGGGCUCGAACAAUUGGACGGAUCAUCGUGACCCGAUGCAGGCGGAUGAGGGUCUGGUCGAGCUUCGAAAGGGCGAUGCACUUCUGUGGCUUGGUUCCACAUACUAUGGUCGCGCAGCCAAUACGACGAACGAGCCGACUAUGCUGUUGAGAGCCGUCGCCACACCGGGCUAUCGACGGCAGGAGGAGAAUCAAUAUCUAGCGGCGCCGUGGGAGGUGGUGGAGAAGUACCCGACCGCUGUGCAGCGCUUUCUCGGAUAUUCUAUCAGUAGGCCAUAUGGUGGUUCAGUGGAGCAUAUGGAGCCCUUGGAUUUCUUGAAGGUCAAGGGCGACUGGAGCAAGUAUAUCCCGGUUGAUCUGAUCUGA